AUGAUGCCGAAGGAGGCGAUACCGCUUCUUAGCGCGAUCAAGCUUCAAACUGACGCACGACUUCUCAUGGAUUCGCAGAUUCCUGAACCGACUCCUCGUCCUACGCGAGUUAAGUGCGAUGACGUCUCUACAAUGGAUGGAGAGAACGCCGGGAAUGACGGCGGAAACGGCGGAGCAGUGAAGGAGGAUGAGGAGGAUAAGCAGUGGACCGACGUGGAUUUGAAGGACGAAGGAGACGCGCUGCAACAGGACGGAACCGACACGGAAAUUGCAUUGAACGUUGAAAAUCCAGUGGAUGCUGAGGUGGUAGAGCUACACGCUGCUGGUGUGAAUGUCGCUGCAGCAGAGGCUGGAUCGGACGCUGCAGCAGAAGGACCGGAGCCGGAAGAGGAGGUUCAGCCCGAAACAGCGCAAGACGAACAAGGGUGCAAGAUUACAUCCUCAGGAGGGAGGAUUCACGCCAUGCAGACCAGAGCCAUGGCGUCGGCCUCGCACGCGGGAAAUAUCAACCCUCUGCCACCUCUCAGUGGCUCCGCGAGUAAGAGGAGCCGCGAGGAAGAGGAAACGGAUGGGAUUAUCACGGCCGUUUUCCCUGUUGAGGAGAUGGUUAGUCCGUCUCCGGAGAGUGGCGGAUUUCCGAAGAAGAAGCUCUGGGACCAGCUGAGGAGCAUGCGAAUCAGCACGCCCCGCUCGACCCGCGCGAAGUCAAGGGUUUCAAAGGCUCACAGUGCUCGGAAGGCUGGUGGUUCCGGUGGUGAGGGUGAUGUGAAACCGUUUGUGUCCCUUGCCCAGAGCGUCAGCAUGUUUGGCACCAGGAGCAACCGAUCCUCGGAUGUUGAGUCAAGCUCACACGCAGCUGGAACCACACACGAAGUGGGCCUAACCGUACCUGAGCCGUUUGACUUCAAGACAGACAGGCGCCUGCGACCGAAAGACGAGCAGCUGAAGAAGGAAGCCAAGCCGUUUGUGUCCCUCGCUCAGAGCGUCAGCAUGUUCGGCGCCAGGAGCGAUCAUCGAUCGUCAGAGGCAGAGCACAAAGCCCAUGAGGGCGGGCCUUCCCACGGGGCUACCCUAACUAUACCUGAGCCGUUUGACUUCAAGACUGACAGGCGCCUGCGACCAAAGGACGAGCAGCUGAAGAAGGAAGCCAAGCCGUUUGUCUCGCUUGCUGAAAGCGUGAGCAUGUUUGGCGCCAGGAGCAGCCGGUCAUCAUCUGGAACAGAGUCCCAAGCGCAUGAGGGCGGGCCUUUCCAUGGGGCUACUCUAACCGUACCUGAACCGUUUGACCUGAAGACCGACCGGCGUCAGCGACCCAAGGAUGAGCAGCUGAAGAAGGAAGCCAAGCCGUUUGUCUCCCUCGCUCAGGAGCUGAGCUCCUUCUCUGCACAUAUGAGGCCGGACGGUGAGGCUUCUGCUGCUCCUGCUGCCGCCUCUUCUGGUGCUUCCGAUGCUCCCCGUGUGACCAAGCCUGUGUCGCCGAAGCUGCUGACGAGGGAGCGUCCAAGGCGGUUCAGGGUGCUGCAGGAAGGGGAGGCUGCUGGCACUGGGGUGAUGACCCGGUCUGCUUCAAAGAGGAGAGCGACAGAUGCUGGUGCUGGUGGUGCUGCCGCGAAUGGUGGUACUGGCACGGGUGCUGGUGGUGGUGCGGCUGGUCCGAGACUUCCCACAGUGCCUUGCUCCCCCAUGCUGACCACCAAGCUGCGUGCACGAGCAGCCAAGGUGAAGAGCAGUGAAGAGAGGGAGCUGGAGGAGAUGGCGAAUGCGGCGAAGCGCAUGCACACCAGCAAGCACGCCAGCUCGGAGGAGCGCGGGCAGGCAAAGCAGCAAAAGCUACAGCAGAAGCUCGCGGAAGAGGAAGAGGAGAGGCGCAGGGCCGCCAUUCCCUUAGCAGCACCCAUGCCGUACACCACCCUCGCUCCCGAGUUCCUACGCAAGCCGCCCACCAGGCCAGCCACAGAGCCGCAGGAGUUUGAGCUUGAGUCGGUGCGGCGCCACCAGAUGGCGCAGCAGCGUCUGGAGGAGGAGGCGCAGAGGAAGGCGCAGGAGGAGGCUGCUCAGAAGGAGUUCCACGCCCAGCCCCUGCCUGACAUGACCAAGCGGCCUGAGCCCCCAAGGCGCAGCAAUCGUGUGCUGACGGAGGUGGAGCCAUUCAACCUGAACAUCGACCGCCAGGCAGAGCACCACGCAUGCGUCAAGAAAGCGUUUGCUGAGAGAUGUCAGCGGGGUGAAGAGGAGUACGCCAAGAUCCAAGCACGUCUCAGGAAGGAAGAGGAGGAGGAGAUCAAGAAGAUGCGCAAGGGGAUGGUUCACCACGCAGUUCCCAAACCAUCCUACGGGGAACCCUUUGUCCCAAAACGGUCAGGGAAGCCCUUGUCUCCACCGGUGUCCCCCUGUCCAGGCAUAGUGUCUGUGCGGGCAAUGUCGCCGCUACCGCAGCACGUGGCUUCCGGAAGGCAGCAUGGUCGCGAGUAUGCGCCUCCGCCAGUCACCGUGAGGCACACGGGACAGCUGGCGCUCGCAGGAGCAGGCGCUGUCGCAGAGGUAUUCGAAGCGAUCGCUGGCGACGGGCAGGGUGCGACUGGUGCUGGCGAUAGUGCUGGCGACGGUGCUGGCGACGGUGCAGGCGACGAUGCUGGAGACGGUGCUGGCGACGGCGCUGGCGACGGCGACGGAGACGGCGACGGUGACCAGAAAAUGGACACUUCUAACGAGUCGCCGUUGGACGUCAUCGUAGCAGGAUCGGAUUCGGUAGCACCAAUAGCUUCCACCGAAGGUUCUUGCGCGACGGAGGACGUUGGAUCUGAGUUCGACCGCGAAGCUUCUCUCCAGAUACGACGCCUUGUGCACGGAAUUACGGAGAGCAACUAUAAGGCCGUUGUUUCUGAACUUAUUCAGAUUGCAGAUCUAGCGGGACUUGAGGCGAAUCAGCUUAUUCUCCGUUCCUGUCUGGACGCUCUCUUUAGCGACGACCAAGGCGGCGAUCAAAACGUGGAAUUGAAGCAUCACCUGCUUUCGAGCAUCCACAUUAGAGAAGAAGCUCUUGACCUAAUCGACUGCGUGAUUGGCGGAUUGCCCGAAGCCGAAGUUUCCGCACUACCAGGCGAUUUGUUCUGGAGCGUCUUUCUGACGUGCUCGUCGUAUCCUCAGCUCAAGGAGCACGCGCUCAUCUUGGAGGAAUCGCUCUGCUGGCGUCUCACGAAAGAUCCGUUCCCGAUAUACCUCCUUCCGUUCCUAGAAAAGAGCGGUCCGCUCGGAAAAGAUUUCGUUGACCUGCCUCGGGAUUGGUCCGCCUUCGUCAAUUCCAUCAUGGCCUCCGCUUCCGCUUCCGCUUCCGCGUCCGCCUCUGGUUCCAAGGCAAAGGACAUGGCAUCGGCGAUGGAGGAGUUAGGGUUUGGGUGCACGGACACGGUGGAGCACUGCAAGGCCGUGCUCAAGGAGCACAGCGCCGGCAGCAGCAUCAGCGAGGCGGACGUCGCGCGGGUCAUGGGCGUGGUGGCCAAAGGGUCCGUGGAGACGCGCGGCGGCGUUGUUGGCCCGCUCACGUUCUGGAAUGUGGACGUGCUGGUUGAAGCCAUCGUUCAGCUGGCGCCGAGGCUGAGCUGGUCGUCGGUGAUCAACCAUCUGGAUUACCCGGGCUUCUUUGUCAAGGAUCAGAAGGGCUUCAGCGCGCUCGUGCUCAUGCACUCAAAAGCUACCAAGGAGCUCUUUCCUCUGCCCUCAGUAUGCGGCAAGCUGUGGGCGAACGCGGAGGGGCAGCUGUCCUUCCUGCGCCAUGCAGUCUCCGCGCCCCCCGAAGUCUUCACCUUCGCGCACUCCCCCCGCCAAACCCCCCCCAUGGACAACCUGCACGGGCACAAGCUCCCCACGGGCACGCCCAACUGCGCCUGGGUCUCCCUAGACCUGCUAGAAGCCCUCUGUAGGAUCGGCGAGACUGGGAGAAAGGCGGAGGUGCUGGAAGUGCUGGGAUACCCAAUAAAGCACUGCCCGGAGGUGCUUAUAGUGAGUCUGGCGCAGGUGAAGACGCCCGGAGGGGGGGUGAUUCAGAGGGAGGUGCUGGGGGCGCUGGUGCCUCUGUAUCUGGCGAAUCAUCCGAACUCGAGUAUUGUGCUGCAUGCGCUGUGGGGAGUGCCAGGGGGGAAGGACGUGGUGAUGCAGGCGAUGGUGGGCGUGCACGCCAGCGACCCCACUAGCAUUGCUCGCCUCCUCGACGUGUGCCAAGAUCUCAAGGUCCUGUCGGUGGUGCUGGAGAGCACGCCGUUCUCAUUCUCCCUGGACCUCGCUUCUCUUGCAUCUCGCCGCGAGUACCUCAACCUUGAGAAGUGGCUGCAGGAGGCGCUCACUCUGCACCGUGACUCUCUUUUUAAGGCGUGUCUGCACUUCCUGAGGGCCAAGCUGGUGCAGGACAGCCAGGACGCCAGCGCGCAGAGAAUCAACCUGUCACUGGAAACGCUCGCCAUCUUCUUCAAGGUCCUCCAAGCCAACGCGCCGCAGCUGCAGGCGCCCGAGCUGGGCGACGAGCUUAAAGCCCUGUACGCGUCCGCGCUGCAGCUGCACCCGGCGCUGCAGACCGUGGCAGUGCCCGAGCAGGCCCCGGCGGACGUGUUUGCGAGUGACAUAGAGGAGGAGGCGAAUGCUUACUUCCAGAAGAUCUACGUGGGGCAGCUGAGCAUUGAGGAGGUGGUGGAUAUGCUGAAGCGCUUCAAUGGUUCCUCCGUGCAAAGGGAGCAAGACGUGUUUGCGUGCAUGAUUCAGAGCCUCUUUGACGAGUACCGCUUCUUCCCACGCUACCCCGACAAGGAGCUCCGCAUCACUGCUGUCCUCUUUGGCUCCCUGGUGAAGCACCAGCUGGUCUCCUCUAUAACUCUCGGCAUAGCCCUCCGCUGUGUGCUGGAUGCGCUUAAGAAGCCACCCGACUCCAAGAUGUUCUCCUUUGGCGUCACGGCGUUAGAGCAGUUCCACCAGCGCCUGCCCGAGUGGCCGCCCUACUGCACGCACAUCCUCCACAUCCCGCACCUGCAGGACGUGCAUCCGCGCCUGUACGCGCUAGUGCAGGCUGCAGCAGCUGCGCCCGCUAGUAAAGGCGUGGCUGGGGAAGGUUUAUCUGGUGCAGGCGGUGCUGCUGCUGCUGGCUUUGCUGCUGCUGCUGGUGGUGGUGGUGGUGGUGGUGGUGGUGCUGGUGCUGGUGCUGGUGGUGCGGGAGGGAAUGGGGAGGGUGGGGUGGUGGCAGGGGCAGGGACAGGUGGUCCUGGUGCUGUUAGUGGUGUUGCCGCCACUGGUGCAGCUGCUGGUGCUGCUGGCGGUGUCUCCACUGGUGGGGCUGGUGCGGGAGGAGGGGGAGCGGAUAUUGGAGGUGCUAUUGGUGCUGGCGAUAAGGGGAAGGGUGUUUCUGGUGGCGGUGAUACUGGUGGCGCGGGGUCUCAGGAUAAGACAGGAAAGACAACAGAAGCUGUGGCAGGGAAGGGGGCAGCGGAGGGGAAGGAUGGUGCUGGGGGCGGCACACAGGGGCAGGCGCAAGGGCAGGGGCAGGGGAAGGCAGAGCAGAGGAAGGGAGAGGCGGAGGAGAAGCAGGGGGAGAAGCAGGAUGGGGCUGUGGGCGGGAAGGCAGAGGCGGGUAGUGCAGGGCAAAAUGCUGUGCAAAGCCCUGCUAAGGAUUCCAUUCUAUUCAAGCCUACGGCCGCUGCCUUGGCCCCAGUGGGGGGAUCUGGGGGUUCACAGAAACUGGAAGCUCUUCGACCUCGGGGCGCGUCAGGCUCGGGUGUGUCGACGAGAGCGCCUGCUGCUGGGUUUGGGCAUGCGCUCAACAUUGAGACGCUCAUGGCGGCAGCAGAGAAACGCGAGAGCCCCAUUGAGAUGCCGUCACCGGAAGCACAGGACAAGGUGGCGUUUAUAAUCAACAACAUAGCGGCAGCGAAUCUGGACCAGAAGGCCAAGGAGAUUCUCGAGGUGCUCAAGGAGCCCUUCUUCCCCUGGUUCGCGCAGUACCUCGUCAUGAAGAGAGCGAGCAUAGAGCCCAACUUCCACGAGCUGUACCUCAAGUUUGUCGACAAGAUGGGUGCUAAGCCGCUGCAGAAGGAGGUGGUCAAGGCGACGUACGAGAACUGCAAGGUGCUGCUGCGCUCAGAGCUCAUCCGCUCCAGCAGUGAGGAGCGCUCGCUGCUCAAGAACAUUGGCAGCUGGCUGGGGCGACUCACCAUUGGUAGGAACCAGCCGCUGCGGGCCAACCAGAUCAACCCGAAGAAUCUAAUCAUCGAGGCGUACGAGAAGGGUCUUAUGAUCGCCAUCAUUCCCUUCACUUCCAAGAUCCUCGAGCCCUGUGCAAACAGCAUCAUCUACCAGCCGCCCAACCCCUGGACCGUGGGCAUCCUGGGUCUGCUGGUGGAGAUCUAUAGCCUGCCCAACCUCAAGCUCAAUCUCAAGUUCGACAUUGAGGUGCUAUUCAAGAAUCUGGGCAUCGAGAUGAAGGAGGUGAAGCCAUCGCAGCUGCUGGUGGGGCGGCAGAGGGAGAUGGAGGGCAAUCCGGAUUUUUCAAACAAAGACCUGCUGGCUGCGCACCUCUCCGCUCCAGGAGGAGCGGGGGCAGGAGGAGCAGGGUCAGGAAGGGGCUCUCCUCAGCCUCUUGUGCGGUCAGCUGUUGCUUCCCCUGAGCCGCCUGGCCCUGCUGGUAGAGGGGCAAUGGGAUCAUCGGUAUUGCUGCCCAACCUGGCAUCCUACAUCGUCAUCAGCCCCAAGCUCGCUCCAGUGGCGCAGCAGCUGCAGCUGGCGAGAAUCGUGCCUGCAUGCAUGGAUCGUGCGGUGAGGGAGAUUGUGUCGCCGGUGGUGGAGAGGAGCUGCAGCAUUGCGUGCAUGACCACGCGUGAGCUGGUGCUUAAGGACUUUGCAAUGGAGGCGGACGACAGUCGCACACAGAAGGCAGCCAACCUCAUGGUGGCGAGCCUGGCUGGCAGCCUGGCGCUCGUCACGUGCAAGGAGCCUCUGCCGAUAACCACCCUCGACCUGGGGUGUGCCGUCAUCGAGAAGGCUGCUAGCGAGAAGGCUGUGCGUGAUCUAGAGGAGGUGUUGGGUCCGGCACUAGCCAUGAGGCGCAAGCAGCGGGAGGCUCUCGGCGCGGCCUACUAUGACGCAUCCAUCUACUCCCAGGGCUCCCUCGCCCGCAUCCCAGAGGCCCUCAGGCCCAAACCCGGGCGGCUCACGCUGGUGCAGCAGAGAAUCUACGAGGAUUUCGCGCACCUGCCCUGGCAGGGGCAGGUGCCGCAGGCUGGAGCGGCUGCAGCUGCAGCAGCUGCUGUGCUGGGUGGGGCUGGAGGGGCGGGGCAGGCCGGGCAGCAGAUGGGGCAGGGGCAAAUGGUGCUUGGGCAGGCGCCGCAGCAGGUGGGGCAGCAGGUCGGGCAGCAGGUGGGGCAGCAGCAGGGUGGAGUGGUUGCUGGUGGUGCUGCCGGUGGGGGAAUGGCAGGGAUGGUUUCGGGCUUGCCUGGAUCUUCUAUGUCUCCUGUCCCGUAUGGUGCCUCACAGCAGCAGCAGCAGCAGCAACUAACAGAGCAGGAGCAGGAGCAGCAGGCUCAGCUGAUCAAUGCCAAUUCCGCAUCCCCCUCGCCUGCCCAACUGAUUGCAGCAGAAAUCGAAAGACCCGGCUCCGCAGCAGCAGUGGCAGCAGCAGCAGCAGCAGCAGCAGCAGCAGCAGCAGCAGCAGCUGCUGGCAUGCCCCUUGGUGCGCCGGGCUCUGCUCCUGGCUCUGCCCCUGGUGUUGCUCCUGGCGCUGCUGGCGCUGUGGCAGCCCCCCCCGGGCUCCCCAAGAUCCCCAUGGGCGCGGAGGGCCCUCUGGCGUAUGCAGGCAGCCCCGCUCCUCCCAUGGACCUCCCAGGCAUCAACCAGCAGGUGGACUCAUCAGCCAUGCCGCAGUCAGCUAACGCUCCUCCUGACCAUGAGAUCAAGGCGCAGGCAGUGGCGUUGUUUGACGACUGGGUGCGGGUGAGCGAGGCGGCGGCGGCGGGCAGCAACGACAAGGCGGUGGUGGUGUUUCUCUCGCAGCUGCAGCACUCCUCGCUGCUCGCCUCGGAGGACGCCGCAGAGAGGCUCUUCCGCACGCUCACCGACAUGGUCGUUGCACACUGCCUCGCCUCCCAGGCGCUCAACCCGCCCCCCACGGCCGCCCCCUCUGGCAGCGGCCAGGUGCCUCCGGCUAGGGGGUUGAAUUUCACGGCGGUUGACAUGUUCAGUCGCCUUGUGGUGCUUCUCAUUAAGUACUACGUGGAUUUGGGUGGCAAUGCGAAUCUGAGCAAGGUGAAUCUGCUGAACAAGGUGCUGUCAGGCGUGGUGAGGGUCAUCCACCGACAAGCCGACGAGCGAAGACUCACCAACCCGCGCCCCUUCUUCCGCCUCCUCGCCAACCUGCUUAUCGACCUCAAUGCACCAGAUCCCAACUUUGAUGCUGCCAGCCACCAGGUGCUCACCACCCUUGCGGCCACCUUCCACGCCCUGCAGCCCCUUCGAGUGCCCUCGUUCAGCUUCGCGUGGCUGGAGCUGAUAAGCCAUCGCUCCUUCAUGCCCAAGCUGCUGCUCUUUCCCGGCCAGAAGGGGUGGCCCUGGUUCCAGCGUCUGCUGCUCUCGCUCUUCAAGUUCAUGGAGCCCUACCUGCGGGAUGCAGAGCUCAGCGACCCGAUCCGCCUGAUGUAUAAGGGAGCGAUCCGCGUCCUGUUAGUGCUGCUCCACGACUUCCCUGAGUUCCUCUGUGACUAUCACUUCAGCUUCUGCGACAUCAUCCCCCCCACGUGCAUCCAAAUGCGCAACCUUGUGCUCUCCGCCUUCCCCCGCAACAUGCGCCUCCCUGACCCCUUCACUCCAAAUCUCAAGGUGGACCUGCUGCCUGAAAUCAGCCAGCCUCCGCGGAUAUUGUCCGAUGUCGAAGCAACGCUGAGGGCCAAGGGGCUUAAAUCCGAGGUGGACGAGUACUUGCAGACGCGCCAGCCGCCCUCCUUCCUCUCCGCCAGCCUCAAGCAGCGUCUGCUGCUGCCGCCUGCUGAAGCCGUGCAGAGCGGCACCAAGUACAACGUGCCUCUGCUCAACUCGCUGGUGCUCUACGUCGGCAUGCAGGCGAUCCAACAGCUCCAGAGCAAGGCAACCCCCCAGCAGCUAGCGGUUCCAACCGCGCCCAUCACCCACAGCGCCCCCAUGGACGUGUUUCAGCGCCUGCUGUCGCAUCUAGACUCGGAGGGGCGGUACCUGUUUCUGAAUGCCGUGGCGAACCAGCUGCGGUACCCCAACAACCACACGCACUACUUCUCCUGCGUGCUGCUCUACCUGUUUGCCGAGGCCAACCAGGAGAUUGUCCAGGAGCAGAUCACGCGUGUGCUGCUGGAGCGGCUGAUUGUCAAUCGGCCACACCCGUGGGGUCUCCUCAUCACUUUCAUUGAGCUCAUCAAGAAUCCGAGGUACAACUUUUGGAGCCACGGUUUCACGCGGUGUGCACCAGAGAUCAAGAAGCUGUUUGAGUCGGUGGCACGGUCGUGCAUGGGGCCGCCGCCUAAAAUGGACGAGGAUGUGCAUGCUGCUGUUCCACAGCAGGCCUGA